CCCGCUCUGUGAGAGGGUGGGGGAGCGAGCGAGACAGAGAGCGGCAGGGAAGCGUCCUCUUUCUCCGAGCUGCCACCCCGGGACGUCGCGGGACUCCGCUCCGUGAGGGCACCGGCCGGGAGUCAGGAGCAGGACAGCCCUCUCUCUCUUCUACGUCCACCCCAUCUACCGAGGCGGGAGCGCCCUCGGCGGGCAGCGGGGUGACCGCGCCCCCCCCCCCUCCUCCCCGCCCGGCGCGCAGCCGCUGCCCCCUUCCAGCUGGAGUCGUGAUCCCUUCGCCGCCCCUCUUCUCCUCAGGCUCCAUCCUCCGCCCCGCCCGCCCUCGAGCCGCCCGUCCCGAGAAGAGAGCCCGACACUUGUUGCUGACGGGAUGGUCACCGGCCCGGCCGAAUAGGCAGGGACCGCCGAACCCGUCGCGGGAGAGGACCGGUGCGGCCGGCGUCCAGGGCCCGGCCCCUUUGGGGGCCUCCGGGGGGAUCUCGGAGUGUUUCCUCUCAGCGCCCGGAGGUGACGGCUGCCCCGGAGGCGUGAGGACUUUCCUCGGCCCUCGUGGGGAUCGCGCCCGGCAAGACCGCCCGCCCCGGAUGGUGACGGCGGGCUGAGGGGGCACCGCCAGACGCCUCCCGCCACCUGGUCGCCCGGAGGCUGGCCGCCCUCGGCAGGAGGGAAGAUGUCCUUCUUCAACUUUCGUAAGAUCUUCAAGCUGGGUGGUGAGAAGAAGAAGAAACAAUACGAGCACGUCAAGAGGGAUUUGAACCCUGAGGAGUUCUGGGAGAUUAUAGGAGAGCUGGGAGAUGGUGCUUUCGGUAAAGUGUUCAAGGCUCAGAACAAAGAAACAAAAGUACUGGCAGCUGCAAAGGUGAUUGAUACUAAAUCAGAAGAAGAACUUGAAGAUUAUAUGGUCGAGAUUGAUAUUUUGGCAUCCUGUGAUCAUCCCAAUAUUGUUAAGCUCUUAGAUGCUUUCUACUAUGAAAACAAUCUGUGGAUCCUGAUCGAAUUUUGUGCAGGUGGAGCAGUAGAUGCAGUAAUGUUGGAGCUUGAAAGGCCAUUAACAGAGCCCCAGAUCAAAGUGGUGUGCAGGCAAACACUAGAAGCAUUGAACUACUUGCAUGAAAAUAAGAUCAUCCACAGAGAUCUAAAAGCUGGCAAUAUUCUCUUUACAUUAGAUGGUGACAUUAAACUAGCGGAUUUUGGGGUAUCGGCUAAGAACACAAGGACAAUACAAAGAAGAGAUUCUUUCAUUGGGACACCGUAUUGGAUGGCUCCAGAAGUAGUAAUGUGCGAGACCUCUAAAGACAGGCCUUAUGAUUACAAGGCUGAUAUUUGGUCUCUUGGCAUUACUUUGAUAGAAAUGGCUCAAAUAGAGCCACCUCAUCAUGAAUUAAAUCCGAUGCGAGUGCUUCUGAAAAUAGCAAAAUCUGAUCCACCUACAUUAGCACAGCCUUCAAAAUGGUCAUCAGAUUUUAAAGAUUUUCUAAAGAAAUGUUUGGAAAAGAAUGUAGAUGCAAGGUGGAGUGCAACUCAGCUUCUACAGCAUCCAUUUGUUACUGUUACAUCCAAUAAACCAAUAAGAGAACUGAUUGCAGAAGCUAAGGCUGAAGUUACAGAAGAGGUUGAAGAUGGUAAAGAUGAAGAUGAAGAAGAAGAAACAGAAAAUUCUCUGCAGUUACCUGCAGAGAAGCGUGCGUCCUCUGACCUUAGCAUCGCCAGCUCCGAAGAGGAUAAACUUUCGCAGAAUGCCUCUGUUCUGGAAUCUCUGUCUGAGAAAACAGAAAGUAAUGCAAUUGAGGACAAAGCCAGCAUCACGUUUCCUGAUGGCAAAACAACUGUUGAAUCUGAGGACAUUAAAUUUAGGAAACCAGCUGAUAAUGUAUGUGAUGCUACUCUUGGUGAUACAAAAGUGCAGAAUGGUUCUGUGCCAACUGGUGAAGAUGAGCAAGGCAAAACGGUGCCAGCUGAAAACAAGGCAGAAAGCCUGGAAAAACCAUGUGAAGAUACAGAACCCCUGAAUGCAGAGAAAGAACUUGAUAUGGUAGCAAAAUCAGAAACAGAGGAUGAACCCAGCCUAAAAACAGAGAAAGAAAAUGACGUGGAAAAUGAACAGAAAGAAGAUGAUAAACUGAAAAUAGUACCUGCAAUAGAAAAUAACACAGAAAAUGAAGAAACCAUUUCUAAGGAAACUGGUGAAAAAGAAGAGGAGAACAGAACAGAUCUCUCAGAAAGACAGAAAGAAGAGGUCUCUGAAGAAAAUACUACAGAGCAAAAGGAAGAUAAAGAUGAAGCUCAGAAAGAGGCAAUAAUAGACACCGCUACAGAAACUCUACCUAAUGCUGCAGGUAAAGUGGCUGAUGAGGAAAAGGACCUAAUAAAGCAUGGAAUUGACAACAUUAAGGAGAUCGGUGGUAUUGCUGAAACACAGAUCCUUGAUGGGGAUAAAAUACCUGAGAGAGAGGAUAAGCCAGUGGAAAGUCAGGCUAAGCAGGUCCAUGAGAUAAUCAGCUCUGAAGAAACUCUGUCCGAAAGCCAAGAUAAAGCGAUCAAAGUAGACAAGAAACUGGCAGAAAGUGAAAAUGAGGAGAUUGAUAAUAUAAGCAGUGUGGAGGAAACAGAGAUUGAAGGCUCUGGGAAAGACUAUGUAGACCAGAAGGUAACACAGAGCAAGCCUGAGGAUAAUUAUAAUAAACUGACUGAUCAGGACCAAAAUUCAGAAAAGCACAGACCUGAGAGUAUCCAGGAAAACAAUAUUGAGGUAGACAAAGAACAUUCUGAAGUUACUGCUGAUGAAAUAAUGAAGAAUAAGCCUCAAGAUACCGUCAAUGAACAAGCCAAUGACUCUGAAGUCACUCCAGUCCCCAGCAUUAGUAUUAGCGCCGAAGACAAUGAGGAGAAAGUCAAACCAGAUAACCUGGACAACACUGAAUCUUUACAGCAGCUAGAAUCGGAGAAUUUGAAGGAAAAUGAUGCAGAUUCAGGCACUGGUUCUGCAGCUGAUAACAGCAGCAUCGAUUUGAACUUGUCUAUUUCUAGUUUCCUUAGUAAAAACAAAGAGACGGGAUCAAUAUCUUUACAGGAAACUAGAAGACAGAAGAAAACUUUAAAGAAAACUCGGAAAUUUGUUGUUGAUGGAGUAGAAGUGAGUGUAACCACAUCAAAAAUAGUUACUGAAAAUGACUCAAAAAGUGAAGAAAUGCGAUUUCUACGGCGUCAAGAGCUAAGGGAGCUGAGACUUCUUCAGAAAGAGGAGCAGAGAGCCCAACAGCAGCUCAGUAAUAAGCUUUUGCAACAGCGAGAACAGAUGUACAGACGUUUUGAGCAGGAAAUGACAAGUAAAAAACGACAGUAUGAUCAAGAAAUAGAAAAUCUAGAGAAGCAGCAGAAACAGACAAUCGAGCGUUUGGAACAGGAGCACACAAACCGCUUACGAGACGAAGCAAAACGCAUCAAAGCUGAACAGGAGAAGGAACUGUCCAAGUUCCAGAGCAUGCUGAAGAACAAAAAAAAGGAGGAGCAGGAAUUUGUGCAGAAACAGCAACAAGAACUGGAUGCAUCUCUGAAGAAAAUAAUUCAGCAGCAGAAGACAGAACUAGCCACUAUUGAACGGGAUUGCCUCAACAACAAACAGCAGCUCAUGAGAGCUCGGGAAGCUGCGAUCUGGGAGCUGGAAGAACGACAUCUACAAGAGAAACAUCAGCUCCUCAAACAGCAACUCAAAGAUCAGUACUUCAUGCAGAGACACCAGCUGCUUAAGAGGCAUGAAAAAGAAACAGAACAAAUGCAGAGAUAUAAUCAGCGCCUUAUCGAGGAGUUAAAGAACAAGCAAACCCAGGAAAGAGCAAGGCUGCCUAAAAUCCAGCGGAGCGAAGCAAAGACUCGGAUGGCUAUGUUUAAGAAGAGCUUAAGAAUCAAUUCAUUAGCCUCUCCAGACCAAGAUCGUGAAAAAAUUAAGCAGUUUGCUGUUCAAGAAGAAAAGAGACAGAAGAAUGAGAGACUGGCUCAGCAUCAGAAACACGAGAACCAGAUGCGGGACCUUCAGCUGCAGUGUGAAGCAAACAUCAGAGAGCUGCAUCAGUUACAGAAUGAAAAAUGCCAUCUCCUGGUUGAGCAUGAGACUCAGAAACUGAAGGAGCUGGAUGAAGAGCACAGCCAGGAGCUGAAGGAAUGGAGAGAGAAAUUGAGACCAAGAAAAAAGACGCUGGAAGAAGAAUUUGCCAGAAAACUGCAGGAACAGGAAGUUUUCUUUAAAAUGACUGGAGAAUCUGAAUGCCUUAACCCUUCCACACAAAGCCGGAUUUCCAAGUUCUACCCAAUCCCCAGCCUUCACUCCACUGGCUCAUAACUCUGGGAACUGCUGCAGGCUUUUUCCAUAUUUGGAAUUCUCCAUCCUCAUCGUCUGACCUGACCUGACCUGCGCCGCACAUCUGAGGACCUCACUCUUCUCGUGCUCAGUGGAGACAAUCAGUGGCAUGAUCCAUGUCUUUACUUCUCUGAAUGGAAGCAAAGAACAAAGGCGUUGGUGUAUAACGGUAACGUCACGUCCUUCAGAUGUUUCAAGCAUAAGUGGGGGUUUUAUCUCAGUCUCCAAAAGUGUAUUAUCUGUGGGUUGGACUUUAAGCCUAAAAUAUUAAUUCUACUCUUUUCUGAUCACAAAAAGUUGGUUUCUCAUGUGAACAUUGCAGCGGUGUAAUAUUGGUUCUGCUACUGUGUUUCUAAGGGUCCGAUUUCUCCAUGAGAGAAUCCCACAACUGCCGGGAGAGGUUCAACGUUUUAUAAUGUUGAGCGGUGUCUUCAUGGCAAAAGACUGAAACUGAUUACUCAGAACACUCCAACAGUCAGAAAAACAAACUCUUUUGUUUCAACACCAUUGGGCAAAGCAAAAGCCUUUGCAACUUCUUUUAAAAGAAACCUCUGGCGUAAAUCAAGCUGAGCUGAUCUCCAGGACACGUUUUGUCCCUCAGUUCCAUAACGAAAUGGGGUGCUAGUUUCAUGAACACAGUGCCUGAAACACUUGGAGAUGCUGAUCCUGGCAACAGGAUAGUGUUUUGUCAUUUAAAAAACAAACAAAACUCCUUAGCGUUGUGGUUACUGUACAGACCAGAAGAUUUCUUGCUGCUACUGCCAUUUUUGUUGUAAAUCCUCACCCUGAAAUAUUUUGCACUAAAAUAUGUAAAGGUGAAAGAAAUGCUAACUUUGAAAUGCACAGUUUAUUCUUUUCCUUAGCCUAGUGCAGGUGGCCAGUUCUACAAAGUGAAGAACUGUAGAAUGUAUUUAGUAGGAAGCGGUGUGCAAAGUGCACGUGGUUUCUCUAACUGUACCUGCCAUGGGUAGAGCCAUUUUUCUGUUCUUACCAAAGCCUGUUUGUUUAAACUCCGUCAGGAAAGUGGAGGUGGGUGGUCAUAUUUAUAAAUAUCCAUGGCUAAAGUCUGGUGUGAUUAGAAGUGUCAGAUGAUUGGAUUUGUUCUUUUUUUAGUCAUUUUAUUUUAUAGAAAGAUUUAAGUUAAAUAUAUAGACAAACUACAUGAAGCUGGGUUUUUGCUUUUGUGUUGCCACAUGACUAACAUAGGCAGGUUUUAUUUUUCCAGGUGGUAGGUGUGCUGUAAGUUAUUUGCUUCUCAUAGAGCUGAGAGAGCGAUGCAACGGUGUUAGGUCACUUUUACCGCACUCCUUUUGUGGUCAGAGUGCGAGUCACAUCAAGACGGUAUUACAAGCUGUGCUUUGGUAUGCUGGAGUUCCAAGUGUAAAAAUAGUCUUUGCUUUCUGGUUUGUGAGGCCUGACUUUUCGAGUCUCUUUGGGUAUCGGCUGCAACCGUUUUGUUUCGCUCACUUUGCACCGUACGUGCCGCUGACGGCCGUUACGGGGUGCUCGUUUCAUGGGAACAGUGUUGAUGCACGUGAACGAGCUCAUGGGUUAACACGGGACUUUAAUCGGAUGUGGCUGAAGUCUUGGCUGCUGAAAUCCUUGGAUAUUGAGCUGAUAUCUUCUCGAUGGAGAUGCUUAAUUAGCAGCACAGUUUAAGAAAUAAAUAAAUUGAAAGAUGCAUGUUUUAAUUUAAGUUUUGUAACUUUUGGUAGCAUAAUUACUUUAAUAGCUAGCCUUAAUUUCUGGUGGUUUAUGAUAUCAGUGUGUAUUGUGUACUGUUGUCAAUUCACACACCAUAUCCCUAGCUCCUGAUCUGUUGCUAAAUGCAAAGUUCUUUGAAUGGUUUAUUUGGUAGGGUGAAAAAUGUCUCUGAAGCCUUUUUACCUUCUAAGCUCCACCAACCUAAAUUGGCUGUUAACUAAAAUAGCAUUCAAUAAUCUUCGUGUCUGUAUUGAGCAGGGUUUGUUUGCAGUUCCGUAUGCUGUAGGCUCCGUGCUUUGCUCAGGUACCUGCUAAGUCAAUCAGGGAAGGCAGAUUUCUCCUGGAUCAUCUCUACCUUCAUCCACGUUAAAUCCUCAGAGGGGAACAUUGAACUUCUCCGUCCCUUUGUAGCAGUUUCAGUGAUAACUUGCUGAUUAUAUUGGCACGCUGGUUACCUCUGGCCAAAUCUUUCCAAUCUUUUGUUUGAAGAGCAUUUUCACGUGAGCCCUUAGGAUCUGAUCUCACUAUGAAUUGUGCAAGUAAGUAACUUGAGUUGUGUGGUGGAGGGAGGGAGGGAAGGAGCACAGGAACCACAGCCUCAGUGGGUGCUGGCUCAGGCCUGUGGCCGUGGAGCACUGUGAAGCAGCUGCAGCCUCCUCAGCUGUGCUCAGAGUUGUUACCAAGCCUGAAAAGAUGUGUAUUUCUGGGGAAUAACAGGAACUAGCUUGGAUACUUACACGUUUAGGCUGAUAAAAUUGGUUGUAAGUACUGCAGAACGUGAAAGAGGUGUCAAAUAUUAUAUCAAUGCCAUAAAAUUCGAUUAAAAUGAAUUUAGUCUCGCGUAGGCCUGGAAGAGAUCUGAGAUACCAAAUCCAACCUCUGCACUGUCACCUCUCGCCUCCCUUUAGUAAAUGUCAGAAGCUCCUUCUCCAGAGCCGGUAGCUGUGGUUUUCUUGGCCAAAACAAUGUACUUUCUUACUGCUUGGCACAUCUCAUUUCCCCCUGUGCCCUUCAGAUGAUGACCACAGCUUGGCAUUUGCUCACCUUUGUGGUUUACUCCACAGAGUGCACAGGAGAGCAAACCAAGGUGAUAAAAUGCAGGAGCUGCAGGGCAGUGUGUGUCUCAUCCUCUUGUGUUUACAGCUGAUCCUUGCAAAACCCCUGCCUACAGGCUUCCAACAGAUUCAGACCUCACAACUCCUCCUUGAGCUCUCAGAGCAGAUUUUGGUACCUGCUAAGCCAGGUUCCCUGGGAUCAGGCCUGGUGUCUGCAGGAGCCAGUGCCUCAACUCAUCCCAACAGUUACCAGAGCUCAGCUGGUUUGUGUAGUCCUCUGCUCUCCCCACUGCUGAUAGCUGAGGCAGUUCCUGAGCCAACCAGACCUGGGGGGAGUGGGUCUUGCUGCCUCCUCCUUACAAGAUUCUGCACCUGGAAUAAGUUGUGCACGUUGCUGAGCGGGGCUGCCUGGGGAGGGGCCUGUCCCAGCCCUCAGCCUUCUGACAUCCUGGGACAACUUUGCUGUUUACUUUGGCGAAGGGGAAAUACUCCAGCAUCUGUCCCUCUCCCAGUGCCACAGAACAGAUUUGUUUCUGUUCCCAAGCUCUGCUGACUCCGUGGGAACCACGUAUGACGUGGAAAGGUACGAUAUUGAGGUGGUUAUUCCUGUGAGCAAUUAGAUAGAUCCUGGUUCAUUAAUACCUUCUAAAGGAAAACCUUUAACGGCAUUGAUGCCUGAGUCCCAAGUCAGGGCUGGUGGCACCUUCCUGACAGUGCUCUUUACUCCAGAGACUUUUCACGGCACUUUUAAGAUACUGAUACUCCUUUUUUUCAGACAAUAUCCUUUUAAAAUUACAUUAAUGGAUAAUCACUGUCUAAUCAAUCACGUGGCUUUCAAAUAUUCUGUCCCAGAGGACUUUAUUAGAACUCCAUGCUACUCAUCUUUUUUUCUUAGUAAAUAGAAAACUUGGCACCUGAACUAAGACAGAGCCAAGCAGUGACAGAGCAAAGCAGUGAUGUCAUUACUGUCAUCACACCACAAUGUCUUUCAUGGACACAGUAUCACAAAGGAGGUUUGACUCUCCACCUGUAGCAGUACCUGUCUUGCAAGCAUUUCAAGGAUGCUUUGGUACAGGAGAGGUUUGAAUAAGGAUUUUUAAAUUCAGGCACUUCAGUCUGCUUUUAGUUAGCCUGAUUUUCAGUGCUGCAGCUCCUAGGGCUGCUGAAAAACCAGGGCACAGAUUGAUGGGCAAAUAAGCUCAGUGCUAGUUGCUUCCACUGAACUGCUUUUUGGUUAAUCUGCCAUGGGGAAGUGGGGUGAGAUUUUGAGGACAGUCUUUGGAGGAAAGGGCAGGAGGAGUGUUUAGGAUGGGCACUAGGGAGAUAACUUGCUUUUGUAUUAGCAUUUACAAUGUGGCCAUUUUAGCUCAAAAUCUGUGCUUCUGCAUCUCAGAAACUGCCUUCCAUUGAUGUGUCCAUGCACAUCUCCCAUUCCCAGGCUUCUGCCAGCUUCCCAGCAGACACAAAACAAAGUCAGACAGAAUCAACCUUCCUUGGGCACAGGCAAGGCCAGGAUGCUCUGUUCUCUCUCAGAUUUACAAAAGAUGAGAAUGGAUGAAAGGAUGGAGAGAACAAAAGAAACCGUACAGUGUUUCUCUGUGGUGCUUGCAGAGCUUUCAGUUUUUCUCCAUCCCCCUUGUCUCACCUCAGUCCUCAUACUUCAUUUCUGUAGCUGCUUCUGUGCUGCUGCCAUUAGGGCAUUUGGUGCCAGAGAAAGGACACCACCUCUUAAUAACAACUCGCUCAAAACCAGCUCAUGCUCAUGUGCUUCCACUGCACUGAAACCAGAAGGGAGAAGCUGAGCCCAAAUAUGCUCUAGUUUUACAAAAUCUCUUCCACACUUACUGAGCUGGGUAGUAAAGCCUCUCUCUUAGCGUAUCAAUCCUAAACUGGUGUGAAGAACAGGAGCUAGAAGGAACACGCAGUGAAUGUGUCACGUUGGACCGUCACACCCUGUUUUCUGUUAGAAAGCCAGGCACAGUGGGCUUCUGUGAUGAAACAUACACAUCUGAGGCAUCUCCAGCCUCCUCCCAGCAGGCCAUUGAAUGGUCUGUGUUAACUGCAACCUGAGUUGUCCUUGCCUUACAGAAAGCAACCAAAAAUCACAAGAUGGAUGAGUGAUUGGCUACGGGUCUCUGUAUGCACAGCUUGUGGACAUGAACUUGCAGUAGCAGCCACACCACAGGGGGUUUGUCUUGUUUUUAAAAGGAAUUUGAUUUCAUGGCUUUCUGUAGAAUAUUGUAAUAAUUCUGCUGUAAAUACAAUAAAAUCACAGUUUGCUGA